UUUAAAUUCGUAAGAAUGGGAUUCCUUAUCACAUUUUCAACCAGAACCCAAGUGAGGCAGAUCGUCUUCUUCGGAGAAGACAAUAACAUGGAGACCUCAUACUCUGAACAGAUGUACAUAAAUGAAUUUGAUCCUGUAGUCUACUACCAGACAUACUAUUCUGCGGGGAAAGAAGGCAUCGCUACAGAAUGGACAGACUUUGCCUUACAGAAUCUGCAUGAAAUAUUUUGUUCAGGUGUGAAAGGAGACAUACUAAUUGACUUCGGAGCUGGACCCGGAUUUUAUCAUCUGUUCUCUUCUUGUGAAGUGUUCAACAGCAUCAUAACCUCAGAUUUUCUUGAGCAAAACCGAGAGCAAUUGGAAAAAUGGCUGAAAAAGGACCCAGCUGCUUUAGACUGGUCUCAUUUUGCCAAAUACGUGUGUGAACUGGAAGGUAACAGAGAUAACUGGGAAAAAAAGGAAGAAACGCUGAGGAGAAAAAUAUCCAAAGUGUUGAAGUGUGAUGCUCUUGCGGAGAAGCCAUUUGACGUACCUAUGCCAGAAGCUGACUGUCUGAUUAGCUGUCUCUGCAUAGAAAAUGUUUGUCAAGACCGGGAAGCUUUCAUCAAUGUAUUGCAAAAGCUUAAGGAGCUGCUUAAACCCGGUGCUCACAUUAUAAUUCAGGCUCUACUUGGAACCUUGUUAAGAUCCAGCCAUGCGGGGGCGGAGCCUGCAGCCGUGCUGAAUAGCCGUGUGAAAACAGAGCUCCGUUGUAAAAGUGCCCUUACAGCCUGGAUUUCAGCGUGAUUCGGCCUAACUAUGGUGAAGAUCGGAGGCUCUAAAGCAGGGGAAUCUGCCGCUCAAGCGAAACCUGCUAUAUCAAGCGGCAAUAUGGACAAGUUUAUAAAAAAAGUCUGCAGCUACCUACGCCAACAGAGAAGCUAAGAUGGCGCCGGCGUCUCCACAUGCGGCCAGCAGAAAACAAGGAGACUCGUCUCUCGGCGCACAAGGAGGUGAGGAUGAUUCUGACACCCUCCCGAUCUCCCGUUCUUACCUCAGAGACACUCUGACUGCUUCGCUGGCGUCUGCGCUGGAACCAAUAAGCACUGAUAUCGGCGCGAUAAAACAGGACGUUCGCCUUAUAGGCCGUAGAGUGGAGGUGCUGGAAGAGACACAAAUAGCCCUGUUAGACCAUCAAACGGCAGUGGCACAAAAGUUGCAAGCAGUACAAUUGAAUCUGAACUCAAUCUACAGCUCCUUAGAAGAUCAGGAGAACAGAGGCCGCCGCAACAACCUUCGCUUUAGAGGGAUACCUGAAACAGUUGCCCAGGGAGACAUCCCCAACACUAUAGUACAAAUAUGCUCUUCCCUGCUGGGCCCUGAUUCAGUACAUGAGAUUUUGCUAGAAAGAGCUCACAGAGCCUUGAAGCCCAAGCCUGCCCCUUCAGCACCACCCAGAGAUGUCAUCUGCAAAUUUCUAAGCUAAUUAAAGCCAGAGAUAUGCAAGUGGUGCAGUGGGAUGGCCAUGAGAUCCUUGUCUUUCAGGACUUAGCUCAAUCCACAUUGAGGAAAAGAAGAACCCUUAAGCCAUUAACAGAUUGGCUCAGGAGGAACAACACCAUGUACAGAUGGACUUUUCCCUUUGGCCUCACAUUUGUUUAUGAUGGCCGCAGGAUGUCUAUUUCUUCUUAUCUGGAUCUGGACUCAGUCUACAAACAUCUGAACAUCGCUCCACUGGAUAUCCAGGACUGGGACCCAGUUCAAGAUUUAUGCGGACUACCUGCUCUCCCUCCUAUUGAAGCUUAGGACAAACAACAUACACCCAAACAGCAAAGAAACAGAAGAGGAAACCAGAAAACCACCCCGAGAAGACUUCCUAUGGGAGAAUAAUAAUCCACCAAUAUACAGAUGGUCAUGAGGUCUCGUAUUAUCUGGACUUUCUCCACCCACUGCAAUAUCUCCCUCUCUUUAUUUCCAUUUUUGUCCUAUUUUUCUCCUUCUUGCUAUUGAUAUCUAUAUCCCCUCCUCGGUCUAACCGGACCACCCUCUUGGUAUAAGAGCACUGAAACUGAACUGUUUUCUUUCCCCUACCUUUCCACUAGAAUAUUAUUUCACAUUCCUACUUCUAUCCUACACUUAUAUCUAAUUUUUUCUUUAUUCCACCCUAUUUUAUUUCAGUCCGCCCCACCGCAGUGACAGAAUAUUUUUU